AUGGCAUCCGUAUAUAUUUCGCCUAGUGUGAGCGUAGCUGUUUACUUAAACUUUUUAGACGACUUCCGAGACUUUGUACUUACCACUCGCGGUGAAUUGUUGAUUUGUGGUGACUUUAAUACGCGCUCUUUAUCCUGGGGGUGCCGGUCCUCUAAUCGUCGCGGCGAGCUGCUGAAGGAGUUGAUCUCAGAACUGGAUCUUCGACUGUGUAAUGUGGACGGUUUUUUGACGUGUGUGCGUACGCAAGGGUCCUCGAUGGUGGACCUUAUGCUUGCUUCGCCGUCGUGUUCCUCCAGGCUUCGUUCCUGGCAUGUUCUGACUGGAGUAGAGUCAUUAUCCGACCACUUGUAUAUCGUGUUCUUUCUGGAUGGCCUGGUUGGUGGUUCCUGCUCUCUGGAUCGCCCGCGUGGGAGGCUCUAUCCGCGUUGGUGCCUGAAAAAUAUGAACAAGGAAUUAUUCGUGGAAGUGAUUAGCUUCCAGAGCACUUUUGUGCGACCGGACUUAUCUGCGACGGCCUUGGCUGCCAUCACUGGGAAUAUAUUGCUCGAUGCAUGUGACUUGGCUGCUCGUCGUGUCCGGAGUGGACCCAGGAGGCGAAUAGCAUAUUGGUGGAACGAUGAUGUUGCUGCGGCGCGAAAAUUAAGUAUUGCGGCUCGCCGCAAAUGGAUGAAGUUCCGUUACUCCGCUGAUGUGGAACUUAGGGAGCGGAUGCACGACGAAUACCGGUCGGCUAAGAGGAACUUACGCAAGUUAGUGCGCAGUAGCAAAGCCAAGUCGUGGAAUGAAUUGCUGCAUGCUCUUGAUGACGAUCCGUGA